GCGCUGACAAUCACCUGGCAGAUCACUCUUCAGAGGACAAAGAUCAGAAAGUGGGUGAGACUGGGAGGUGACUUUCCACUGCAGAGGAAUGAGAGCGAGAAUGUGACCGAGGGAGGAGUGAGACUCACAUACACAGAGAGAGAGAGUCGUGAGUGAGUGACACACGUGUGUGCGGAGCGUCACGCCCUGACACCGGACGGCCCGGCUCCGCCGCCACAUCGGGGGCCACAACACAUCAAUGUAGCUGCAGGGAUCUUAUCAUGACUACAGUGCAGGUUUCUGCACAGACUACAAAUGCAUCUUCUUUUUUGGAGCUCUGCGACCAGCACACCCCGCCAUCUUCCCGCACCCUACUCCUUGUUGGAUACAGCGUGUUGAUGCCCCUCGGAGUCAUAUUGAACGGUGUGUCCCUCGUUGUGUUCCUGCGUUGGCUACGACCUCUCUCAGUGGUGGGAACCUUCCUUUGUAACCUGGCACUCAGCGACCUGAUCUUCACCCUCUCGCUGCCCCUGAGAAUCUACUACUAUGCCAACAACCAUUGGCCCUUUGGCUCCGUCCUCUGUCGCCUCUCUGGAUCCAUUUUCCACAUCAACAUGUACGGCAGCUGCCUCUUCCUCUUUUGCAUAAACGUGGACCGUUACUUGGCCAUUGUGCACCCUUUGCGGUUCCGCCACCUGCGGCGGCCCAAGGUUGCCCUUCGGACUUGUUUAUGUGUCUGGCUGGUGAUCAUCGGUGGUUCGGUGCCGGCUGCCAUGGUACACGACUCAAAGGAUUGCUGGAAUGGAUCUGAAAGGGUUCAGCGCUGUUUUGAGGGUUUAAGUAGUUGGGGGGGCUUUUUAUUCCCACUGCUGUUAGUGGCGGAGGUGAUUGGUUUUCUUUUACCCCUUACUGCCGUAGUGUACGGUUCCAGCCACGUGUUCUUCGAGUUGUGCCGGGCAGCGGAAGGAGGGGCAAAGCGGCAUCGCAAAACCAUCCGGCUCCUCAUCCUCAACCUCAGUAUCUUCCUCUUUUGUUUUGUUCCUUACAACUCAACUCUGGUUGCCUAUGGCCUUCUCCGGGCCGAACUUGUACCCGACUGGUGGGACUCAAAAACGACUUUAAAGAAAAUUAUCUCAAUCACCGUCCUACUAGCCAGCACCAACUGCGCACUUGACCCAUUGGUUUAUUACUUUAGCACCGAGGGAUUCCGAAACACAUUAAGUCAAAUUGCGCGCAGCAGUAAGUCCUCCAAGGAGAAGAGCUCCUCCGGCAGGAUUACGGGUGACACUGUGGCCUCCGACCAUAAGGUGAAAAGUCUUGGGAUUACUCCUCUUUCCAGCAAAGACUACGAGAAUAACGAGAAGCGAAUGGCUCAGGUUAAGUUUGGUGUGACCAACGGCAGUGAGAAGAAAAGAAUGAUCGAGGAAUCCGAGAUUUGAGUCAGUAUUGAAUGGAACUCAACGCACUUGAAGGCCUCAGCCAAGUAUGAACAACGUGUAGCACAAGGACUUCUGGACCAUAUGUUUUAGAGAUGGGAGGGAAGGGUUUAGAAGUUGUAGGCCGUGUCUCUUUGGGAAGAGUUUUCUUUGCUUCCUGUCAUCUAAGAAGCAAUCUUACAUAGCGGAGUCCCCAUUUGAACUUUACCCCCCCCCCCCCUCUUCCUAUUCCAACGACACCCCCAAACUUUUACUUCCCCCUCAAUUUUACUCCCGGUGCCAAUGGUUCCUAGAAGAAACUGAGGUGGUGGAUCUCCCCAACAGAGACACAACCCAUAAGAAAAACUAGACAUGCGCACACUGAAAUAUUUCCGUUUUGCUUGAAAAAUAAAUGUAUUUAGUUACUCCCGAAA